AUGACUGGAAGGCUGAGCGGAGUUGCAACAAGAAUAAAAAAAGUUGCCCCAUUAUGUAAAACUAUGCAUUGUAUGAUUCACCGGCAAGCAUUAAUAUCUAAAAACAUGCCUAGAAGUUUAAAAUUAGUUCUUGAUAGUGCUGUAAAAACCGUAAAUCUAAUCAAAGCCAGACCUAUCAAUUCAAGACUAUUCACAGUAUUAUGUAACGAAAUGGGCAGUACUCAUAAAUCCCUUCUUCUCCACACAGAGGUAAGGUGGCUUUCACGAGGAAAAGUCCUCACCAGGCUAUUCGAGCUUAGGUCAGAAAUUUUAUUACUUCUGACUGAUAUUGAUGAAGAAAAGUCCAAAUUGUUUUGUGAUGACGAAUGGCUGUCAAGACUAGCUUACAUAGCUGAUAUAUUUGACCGUUUAAUAUUUGAAAUUUAA